CUAUUUCUUCGGAGGCACUUGAUAUUCUAGAUGAGGCAUGUGAAGACAAGGCCAAUCUUCAUGCCCUCAUCCAAAUGAAACCAGCUCUUUCUCAUCUUGGAGACAAAGGUUUACUUCUACUCCUAAGAUUUCUGUCCAUUCCAAAGGGGUUUUCCUACUUAAAUGAAAGAGGCUAUGUAACAAAGCAAAUGGAGAAGUGGCAAAAGGAAUAUAAUUUAAAGUAUGUUGAGCUAAUUGAAGAACAACUUAAUGAAGCACUUACCACAUAUCGCAAACCUGUUGAUGGUGACAAUUAUGUUCGUCGGAGCAACCAAAGGGUUCAUGCUUUAAAGUAG